AUGUCGAGAAGAAGUUCCGUCACCCCCAGCCCAGCUGGCCCUGAAAUCGCCAACACCGACACAAACAUAAAGGACCGUGUUUCUCUCGUUGCUCAUCUUCUGACGAGUUUUACUCCUCUAGGAUUUUGCGGAGGCAAGUCAAUAUUCCGAUUUGAACACACAAACAAAUGCAUACGUCCUCACCUAACAGCUCUACUCCUAAUAGUCAUGUCUAUCUUCUCGUCGAUGCGAUAUUGUCUAGGCGACUUGACAGAAUAUAGGGAUUUAUGGAUAGCUCUAUCAUUUAUGCCUUUCGGCCUCUUCUUCGACUUCAUGGACGGCAAAAUCGCCCGAUGGCGGAGAAAGUCGUCAUUGAUGGGUCAAGAGCUCGAUUCGCUAGCCGAUCUGGUAAUAAAAACCGUCGCUAAACCCGCAAUGUCUACAUGUAACGUGAUAACUGAUUCAUUCGUUUUUCUUAUCAAUUCCCAGAUCUCCUUCGGUGUCGCACCAGCAUCCGCCGCCUUCGCAAUCGGCAUGCGCACUCCGGUCGAUCAUUUAUUCCUCACAUUUUUCGUGCUGUGUGGCCUUACGCGGCUUGCUCGCUUCAACGUGACCGUGGCCACACUCCCGAAGGACGGAUCAGGAAAAGCACAAUACUUCGAAGGAACACCGAUCCCGACAACUCUGGGGAUUGUGGCGCUGAUGGCGUAUUGGGUGUCGCAGGGUUGGAUUUUGGAUGAAAUACCGUUCGGCGUAAUAGGCACAGGAACUGUGCUAGAAUGCCACCCAAUCGUUGCCUUGUUUGCAGCACAUGGCUGUUUGAUGGUGAGCAGGACCAUACAUAUUCCGAAGCCUUGA